AGCAACACUUCUGUGAGUACUCUUAAUCUGUUGCUUUGUGCAUGUGUGAGCUAAAAAAGGUUGAGCCCGUUUGGCAUUUGUGUUUUUAUAAAAUUUUAUCCUGAAAGAUUAAUUUUUAGUGGCACUGAUAGUUUUGGUAGCAAAAGAUUGAUUUGGCAAGUCAGAUCAGUAGGGUAAGAAGUUGGAGGGGAAAGAGACAAGGAAGGAGGGAAGGGAAAAUCAAAGGAGCAACUCUUGCUUGCUUUGUAUAGCAAGUGUAAAAAUUAUGGCUGGUGGUGGCUGUGAAGUGUGAAUUGAAGAUUGAGAUUCAGAUAAAAGAAAACCUUCUCUCACAGUUUCUUAGAAAUGGGUUUCUAUUCCCCAACCAUUGUGGUUUGCUCUUCAAGCUUCUUCAUACACUUGGCUUCGAAUUCUAGCUUUUCCACUAGACCUCUCUUUCCUCCUAAAACAAAAUGCUUCUCCAAAAAGUUCCACGUGGCAUGCUCUACAUCUACUUCUCCUUCUGAUCCUCUUUUGGUUAAGGCUGCAAGAGGAGAUCCUGUAAGUUGACCUCCAGCAUGGAUGAUGCGCCAGGCAGGAAGGUAUAUGUCUGUUUAUAGAAAGCUUGCAGAGAGAUAUCCAUCCUUUAGAGAGAGGUCAGAGACAACUGAUCUCAUUGUAGAAAUCUCUUUGCAGCCUUGGGAAGCUUUCCAUCCCGAUGGAGUUAUUAUUUUCUCUGACAUACUUACCCCUCUACCUGCCUUUGGUGUCCCAUUUGACAUAGAAGAAGUAAGGGGUCCUGUUAUCCAGUCACCAAUUUAUUCUGAAGAGGGACUGAAGUCUCUGCAUCCCAUUGACUUAGAAAAACUUCAUUUUGUGGGGGAAUCCCUUAGGAUAUUGCGCCGGGAGGUUGAUGAGAACACUGCUGUUUUAGGUUUUGUAGGAGCACCUUGGACGAUAGCUACAUAUAUAGUGGAAGGGUGUACAACGCGCACAUAUACAACCAUAAAGACCAUGUGCCAUACUGCACCACAUGUAUUGAGGGCCCUUCUUUCUCAUUUGACACAGGCAAUAUCAGACUACAUUGUAUUCCAAGUGGAAUCUGGGGCUCAUUGCAUACAAAUUUUUGACUCAUGGGGUGGACAACUACCGCCUGAUAUGUGGGAACGCUGGUCAAGGCCUUAUAUUGAAGAGAUUGUAAGUAUAGUGAAGAACAAAUGUCCUCAAACGCCACUUGUUCUAUACAUUAAUGGAAAUGGUGGCCUUCUUGAGCGUAUGACAGCAACUGGCGUUGAUGUGAUUGGGCUUGACUGGACAGUGGACAUGGAAGAUGGAAGGAAACGAUUGGGUAAGGAGAUCAGUGUACAAGGCAACGUCGACCCUGCUUGCUUAUUUUCUCCUCUUCCUGCCCUGACAGAAGAAAUUCAAAGGGUUGUGAAAUGUGCUGGUCGAAGGGGACACAUUCUUAAUUUAGGUCAUGGUGUUCUUGUCGGGACGCCUGAAGAAGCUGUUGCACAUUUUUUUGAAGUUGCAAGAAGCUUGAAGUAUGAUACACUUUAUCAAGAUCGAGCAGUAGACUCUAAAUUGGUAGUUUGAGGAGAAUAUUCAUUAAGCACAAGCAUGCUUAAUCUCACUUUAGCUUUGUUGUAGUAGAGGGCUUUCACUUACCUAAAAGCUUUGAGAUUGUGUACAUUUUUUUUUUUUUUGGGGGUGGGCAUUAGUUAAAACCAGUUGUAUUUGUAAUUUAUGAUUAAUUUCUUCAUGAAUUAAUAAAUUAUUAAUUUUUGGUCAGUGUACCUGUAGCACAUUUACCAUUUUCUUCAAA